CCUGUGCUUGAUAAUGAUGCGGAAACAUCUAGUAAUCGGUUGUGCUGGGUCUGGGAUAUAUAGGGAGGAUGUCCCCCUGUCGGAUGGAGCACCAAACUGUUCUUCCACGUUUUCGCCAUCUCUAGAGCCAUUCCUAGGAGUGUAUUACGCUCAGGCUUCCAAUCAUGGCUGAGAAAGAGAUCAACGGUCUUCCAGUCUACCGACCUGAUGGCCGUCGCCUCGGUGUCGUAUUCGAAAACAUCACAGUCACUGGUGUAGCAGCGGAGGAAAACACAGUCACAGAUUUCGCUCAAGUACUGGAGAACAUUAUCACAUUACCCUACCAAGCUGUCAAAUUGUUCGCUGGCAACCGAAGGAAGAACGUCCGCAAUCUCAUCCAGGAUGUUUCUGGUGUCGUCAAUCCUGGAGAGACUCUGCUAGUACUCGGAACACCUGGAGCUGGAUGUUCGACUACAUUACGAGCUAUUGCUAGCGAUAUCGAAGCCUUUGUCGGCGUUGAAGGAGAGGUCCAAUAUUCGACCAUUUCCUCUGCUGAGGCGAGGAAGCUGUACAAAUCGGAGAUCGUUUACAACAACGAGGAAGACAACCACUUCCCCAAGCUAUCUGUCGGAAACACAAUAGACUAUGCCCUGGAGUUGAGGAAGCCGGCGAAGGAUGAAACAUCCAAAGCAGACUUCAAGGAUAACAUGCGAACGAAGCUUCUCGAGAAAUUUGGCAUCUCUCACACCAUCAAGACAAUUGUCGGAAACUCUUUCGUCAGAGGUGUUUCUGGUGGCGAGCGCAAGCGUGUUUCUUUGGCUGAGGUCUUGACAACAAAUCCAGCAGUCGCUUGUUUCGACAACCCAUCUCGUGGUCUGGAUUCUUCAUCAGCUUUGGCUUUCUGCCGUUUACUCAAGGAUAUGUCGAGGCAGACUGGCAUGGCGAACAUUGUCACUAUGUACCAGACCGCCGAGUCCAUCUAUCAAGAAUGCUUCGAUCGCGUACUUGUUCUAUACAAGGGUAGAAUGAUCUUUUCUGGAAAGACUGGAGAUGCACGUCAAUACUUUAUUGAUAUUGGUUACCACUGUGAGGCUAGACAGACUACUCCGGAUUUUCUGACUGCCGUCACCUCUGUGACCGAGAGAACCGUUCGCAGUGACCACGUUGGUCCGGUACCUUCGACACCUGACGAAUUCGCGGAAGCGUUCAGGAACAGCAGAUUCUACUACGAGCUGCAGGGAGACAUUGCCGCAUACCGCUCCGAACAUGCUUCGACUCCAGCUUAUGUCAACGACUUCAAGGCCGAGGUUCAACGUGUACGCGCAUCCGGUGUCUCGAAGUCGGCUGCCGAGCCACACUCUCUGCCUCAGCAGAUUGUGACUGGCAUCAAGCGCCAUUAUCAACUCACCUGGGGUGACCGCAAGACUCUCUACACCCUUCUCUUGCUCAACGCUGUCAACGCUGUCAUCACCGGCUCUGCUUUCUACAUGGCUCCCAAGACUGCCACUGGCUCUUACGAGCGCGGUGGUGCCAUUUUCUUCUCGCUGAUCUACUUCUUCUUGAACGCACUUGCCGAGACUCCCGCUACAGUGCUUUCUCGCUCCAUCGUAGUCAAGCAGAGAAAGCUGGGCCUUUCGCAUCCCUCAGCAUAUGUCCUCUCACAGACCAUUGCCGACCUUCCUAUUUCGCUUUUCCAAGCCCUGGUAUUCUCUUGCUGCUACUAUUUCAUGCUUGGACUGGGCAAGACGGCUUCUCAAUUCUUCAUCUUUUCGCUUAUCGUCUGGGUCCACUAUGGCGCCACCAGCGCUCUCUUCCGCAUGAUUGGCGCUUUGGCACCGAAUCUCAACCUUGCGUUGUUGAUGGCUGGAGCUGCCAUUCCUCCUUGCUUGACUUACUCUGGUUUCGCUCCUCCAUGGCCGACUCUGCACGCCUGGGGCAGCUGGAUUCGUCGCAUUUCACCUUCGCCUUGGGCUCUGGAAGCACUUAUGGGUAAUGAGUUCUACGACAUUACUCUUUCUUGCACCGAUGCGCAGAUGGUUCCUAGCGGUCCUGGAUACGACAAUCUCGCAUAUCAAGGCUGUACUCUUCCCGGCUCUGUCAAAGGUAGCCCAGACGUUCCUGGUUCGACCUACUUGUCUCUGACUUACGACAUGUCGAGAACUCACCUGUGGAGAAACUUCGGCAUCAUCAUUGCUAUGUGGUUUAUCUACACCGUUGUUGCUGCUGUUGGUUUGGCAUACACUGCUCGCGAGCAAGGCGGUGCCAGUGGUCACGUCUUCAAACGUGGCGCCCAGACCGAGACCAUGCCUACGACUGCCAACUCUAGUGGCAUGACCCUUGGUGAGCAGGAUCUCGAGAAACAGCCCAGCCGUACUGCCCACAAUCUUGGAACCGAUCCCGUUUCUUCUUCCUCCUCCAGCACCAUCUUUGACGACAAUGUCAGCGAGCAUGUCAAGACUGAUACCUCCGGAUCUUCUUUCACCUUCGAGGAUGUCAGCUAUUUCGUCAAUGUCGCUGGUGCAGAGAAGCAGCUUCUCCAGAAUGUCACUGCUUACGCCCGUCCUGGUCAACUCACUGCCUUGAUGGGUGCUUCUGGAGCUGGUAAGACCACUCUCUUGGACACAAUCUCUCAGCGCAAGAGCGAAGGAAGAGUCGAAGGCGCCAUGCGUCUUAACGGACAACCUCUCGAUGCCACCUUUGGAAGAUCUUGCGGCUUUGCCAUGCAGCAAGACGUCCACGAACCCUUCUCCACCGUCCGAGAAGCCCUCCAAUUCUCUGCCGAACUCCGCCAACCCGCCAACGUCCCUUACGAAGAGAAGAUGCAAUACUGCGAAUAUAUCAUUGCACUUCUCGAACUCGGUCCCAUUGCUGAUGCCCUGAUUGGAACUCCUGGUGAAGGUGGUCUCGGUGUCGAAGAGCGCAAACGCGUCACCAUCGCGGUCGAACUCGCUGCCAAACCGCCUUAUCUUCUUUUCUUGGACGAACCUACCAGUGGACUUGACUCCCAAGCCGCGUACUCUGUCGUCUACUUCCUCCAAAAGAUCGCUCGUGAAGGCAUCCCUAUCAUCUGCACUAUCCACCAACCUUCCGGUGUGCUCUUCGAAAUGUUCGACCAUGUCCUGCUUCUCGCGCCCGGCGGUCGCACAAUCUACUUUGGCGAAACUGGCAAAGAUUCAGCCAGGGUUGUCGAGUACUUUGAUCGUUAUGGCGCUCAUAUGAAUGCAUCGGAGAAUCCUGCCGAAUUCAUCAUUUCUACUGUCUCUGGUGCUGAUAAUUCUGCCGUUUGGCAUGACAAUUGGCUGCAAUCUCCUGAAAAGGCAAAGGUCGAACAGACGAUUCAGGUCAUCAAUGAGAAGACUGCUGUGAGGGCUGAGUCGACUGCUGCUAGUACUGGACAAUUCGCCAUGCCGCUGUGGCCGCAGGUCAAGGCUGUUACCAAGCGUCACUGGAUUUCGGUCUGGCGUGACGGCAGCUACAACUUCAGUCGCUUUUUCAAGUUCUUGUGGUGCGAGCUUUUUAUAUCAUUCACUUACUUUAUGGUCAAAACGGAUAUCCAGGGAUUACAGAACAAUGUUCUCAAUCUUUUGAUCAUCGUUCAGAUCAUCCCGGCCAUCGCACCCGACCUCCAAUCUAUCUGGUUUUCCAAAUGGCAGAUAUUCGAAGGACGCGAACGCAACGGUAUCUACUCCUGGAAAGCUCUGACUACUGCCAUGCUCACCGUCGAGGUGCCAUACAUGCUGGUCGGUUUCACCCUGAUUUACUUCUGCAUGUACUGGACCGUUGGCUACACCAACGAAACAACAAUUGCGGGAUAUGAAUACCUCCAAUUUGUAACUUUGGGGUUGUUUGCCAUGUCGUGGAAUUUCCUCCUCGCGACCAUGUUCUCCAAUAUGCAAACCUGUGGUCUUGCUUCUGCACUCUUCUGGAAUAUCCUCAUGAUUUUCAAUGGCACUUUGAUCCCGCAUGCCUCUUUGAAUGACUUCUACCGCAAUUGGCUGUAUUGGCUCGAUCCUUUCCGCUGGUUCUUCGGUGGCAGUGCUGCCAAUUUGCUGGAACCUGUUCCAGUCAACUGCUCUGCCAACGAUCUCGCUCGCUUCGACCCUCCUGCCGGUCAGACCUGCGCUGCAUAUGCUGCAGACUAUCUGGCUCGCAGUACGGGCUACUUGGUCAACCCUGAUGCCACGAGCGAUUGUGGAUACUGUCCUUACUCCACCGGCUCCGAAUAUGCGGCGACCAUGGACUACAAGUACAGUCAACGCUGGAGAGAUUGGGGCAUCUUCCUCGUGUUUGCUUUGGUGUCUAAUGUCGCUCUGAUAUUCGCAAUCACCUGGUUCACUCGCGUACGUGGGAGACAGACCAAGAGUGCUUGAGUCUGAUAAUUCUGUGGCCUUGAUUUGUUGUUGUUUUUUUUGGGUUUUCGCUUUCUUUUGCAUUUUUUCACAAUAUACCCUUGUAGACUUUUUAUAGAUGAUUUGGAGUUGCGAGGAUGGUGGAUAGAGAUGCGGGGAUGGAAUAGAUC